CUCAAUAUAGCGAACCAGGGCAGGGUAACUGCUCUAUCUCUCGCCGACGCGCACUUUGAAAUACAUUUAGAAGGCUGGAUGCAAUACUGCAAUCGUGCCUGGGGCGACGUCUCUCGAACGAAAUAUAUCGAGUUUUACCAUUUGGAGAAUGGUGACCAGUUAGAGUCCCCUGGUGAAACUUCCACAGAUCCUGAACAGCUGAUUUACGGCCACAUCUAUUUCGAUGCCAGUAAUGAGUGCAGUUCAGCUCCAUUUGACCCUCCAGCACGCACGGGUUCCAUCAACCACCUGCUGCAAAACCAGGAUGGAAAGUACGAGCUUUAUUGCCAGUUUCUCAGCCAGGGUCACUUGAGGCUACAAGUUAGUCGCGAUCUGUUUUUCAAAGAUGAGCCUCCGCCGAGUGACGCCCCGGAAUUUCUUGAAUUCAUGGGUCUUCGGUGCGAUAUGGAGAGGGAGAUGGCAAAAAGGGAGCAAGUGAGGGCGCAAAUACCGCAGCCACCAUCACGGAGAGAGUCUUGGUUUGAGAGGUCAAUGUGGUGAUUGGGCUAUGGAUCACAACAGGCUUCUUUGAUACCUUUUAGUACUUUUGUAAUAUAUGUAUUAUAAUG